GAUGGUGUUUUGCCCGUCUACCACACUGAGACAGAAGCUUUUCGAAUGUUUGUGAAAAUGUUGGCCCCCCGAUGUAAAAUGAGAGGUCGGCGAUUUUAUCGGAAACAGAUUGCAGCAACGUACAUAACAAAGAAGGCGGUUCUUAAAAAUGAAUUGAAGGAGGAUGCCAAAUGAAUCUGCACGACAGCCGAUGGGUGGACGUCUCGAAGAAGAGCCUUUAUUGGAAUCACUGUCCAUUGGCUAAAUCAGAAUCUGAAAAGACGUUCUGCAUGCCUAGCUGUCCGCCGAGUUGUUGGCACAUGUGAUUAUGACGUUAUUGCGAAGCUUCUUGAAUCGGUGUAUGAGGAGUUCGACAUCUUGGACAAAGUUAUUGCGACCAUCACUGACAACGGAAGCAACUUUGUCAAGGCCUUUCGUUUGUAUGGAUCGAAAUCCAAGCACCAGAUGAUUACCCCCACUGUAACUACAGUACCUGCACCAGCCAUGACUGUUCGGGCAAGCACAUCUAGUGUUAGUAAAUCUAAUCGACUGGUUCAAGAAGAUGCUGAUAUUUUGGAUGUGCUUGACGAGGAAAAUUCUGAAUUUGACGAAACAGACGACGAUUGCGAUGAUAUCGGUGGUGACCUUGUGAUUGACGACCGAGAGGCGGUCGAAAAUAAAGAAAAGGACCCUCAUGAUGAGGAAGAUGAACGCCACGAAUGGGAUAUAUUUGACCAAACUUUUCCUUUGAUGGACAUUUUAGAUGAACGUUUCACAUCUGAGAACGUCUACGUCUUGCCACCACAUCGACGCUGUGCAUGUCACACGUUGAACCUUAUCUGCAAAUGCGAUAUUUAUAAGAACAUGGAACCUUCUUUGAAGAAUCUUUUCGAAUCAACAGAUAAGAAAUUCAAGGCAAUAUGGGCCAAACAAAAUCGAAGCGCCAAAGUCUCUGAUAAUAUCCGCAAGCGCCUCGGCAAACUAUUUAUCAUAAAUAAUGAGACCAGGUGGAAUUCUUACUACAAUGCCAUGAAACGAGGCAAACAUUUCAUCAACAAGAAGCGUUCCGAGCUUAAAGCUCUUUUUGAAGUCUAUGGUAUUCAGUAUUUUCGUCCAGCUGAAGAAGAACUGGUGCGUGAAUACGUGAAGAUAAUGAAACCUAUGUCAGAAGCUCUGGAUGUCCUUCAAGCGGAUGUGAAGGUUUCGAUCGGAUAUCUCUUGCCAACGCUGACUAUCCUUAUUCAAAAACUGAAGAUGCUGCUUGACGAUAGGACGAUUAAGCAUUGCAAAUCCCUCAUCAGAGUAAUGCUUUCAUCAAUAAACACUCGCUUCCAAGACUGUUUUGAGAACCAGGAAUUAAUCUUAGCAGCCAUUUUGCAUCCUCACUUCAAAAACAAAUGGAUUUCGGAGGAAGAUAAGGAGGCGAAAACACAGCUACUAAUGAAUGCCUUUAAGUCACACAAACAAGAUCCAGUCCCAGUGAACGCAACAAUAGGAAAAGAGUAGCAACAGAAGAUGCCAGUGAAUCUCAAGACAGCGACUUCAGCCCAAGAAGGAAAAAAAAGAAAAAUGAUUUCUUUAAGGCAUUGUUUAAUCCAGUUGAUGCUGAUGUGGAUAAUGAAGUUGAUCUUUUUUUAUCGGAUACUUCAACAAAACUUUCAAGUCUGAAGAAAUAUCCGACUUUAAAACAGCUUUUUCUGAAAUACAACGCAGCACUUCCAUCCUCCGCAUCUGUGGAACGUUUGUUCAGCAUUGCUGGAAGGAUCUUUGUACCGCUGAGAAAUGGGUUGUCAGAUCAAAAUUUUGAAAAACUU